AUGGUAAUGAUGCGCUACGUGCUGUGUAUCCUCGCUCUCCUUCUCUCAUGUGCGUGUGUGCACGUCCUCGCUGAAGAAGUGCCUGCAGCCGAUCUUUCCGACCAAGUCCCUGAUACGGAGAGUGAGACAAAGAUUCUUCUUCAAGGUACUCCUGUUUGCAGUGGUGGUGUUACUACCGGUACUUGUACUCAACAAGGCAAGUCAUUGACGGGGAUGGACAAAGCUUACGGUAAGAAUGGUCAUGCGGAAUGGGAGGAAUUUCCUGGAGCAGCAAAAGGAAGUGGUACAUCGCAAGGUUUUCCUUUGAAAGUCGAUGGGAGGUCCCCGGCUUUAUCGACAGAACCAGAAACAGCAAGUCACCCCGGUGGAGAAACUGAUAAUGAGGCUCUAUCGCGAGGUAAAACUCAAGACAGUGGUCUCAAUCUCGGUGCCCCAGAAAAUGAUGUUGUUACAGGACCACAAGGGGUUGCUUCUGGUAAUCACAACAGAGAUGGGGGUAAUGCUGAAAAUGCAAAAGGAGAAAGUAUGUCGACAACAGAGAGACAAGGAGAAGAGUCUACUGCAGCAUCACAAGGUAACGAUGAAUCGUCGAAUAACCCAACUGAUAACAGUACACCUGUCAACCCCAAUGCUGCCCAGCAAUCACCAACAGAAGCUGGUGUCACUACGAAUACAACUUUACAAGAAACCAAUUCCACUACUCUGCCAAGCCCCGAGAACACUGUCAGCGAAGCAACAACCACAACAUCAAUUCCUUCAGUACCUAACGCGGAGAUUAACACCAACGUCGGUUCCACUGUACAGAAGAAGGCGAAUGUUGACAGCAGUGUCAGUCCUGUGUGGAUGCGCACUGCAGCACCGCUGUUGAUUGUGGCUGUGAUGUUCUCCGCUACCCUGUACUGA